CAUUAACAAAGCUUACUAAAGCAAACAGAGUCGUCCCCUUGGUCGACAUUUAGGGUACCCUUAUUUGAAAGAAUACCCCAAACAUUUGAAGGGUUAAUUACCAAUCAAGACACUAUUUGACAAUGUGUGUCUGAAAACACCACUACAACCAGACAACCAAAUACCAAUAAACUCGUAAAUAUUUAUUGCUCGAUUUAUUGUUUAUGUAAUUUAUUCUUUCAUUAGUAACUAAUAUGCCUAUAAUCAUUGAUUAUACGCACUUAUAAUCAAUGAUAUAAUCAAAAGUUUACUGGUUUACUCAAGUAUUCAGCUUUUUCAGGUAAGUACAACAGCAAAAUGCGAAAAAGGGCGGGAUCACUUGGAUAUUUAAAAUAAAUCAUGUCAUUUGUCAUGCAGAAAUAGAAACAUCCCUAUUCCACGAUUUACGUAUUAUUUCUAUAUUAUUUCCUUAUGAUUUAUGUUAUGACAGCCAUAAUAUCAAAAAUAGUAUAGUGUAAACACAAAUCUAAAUGCUUGUUACUUAUCAUAUGACAAAUCACAUGAGAAGUAUGAUAGUGUAAAGGUACCUUAAAACAUAACUUAAAGUUUUGCAGCUACACAUUUAAAUUAGUUACGCGUAGGCAAAAGCAAAUUUUAAUAUGUCGCGGUUCAAAUAUUUGACUUAUCCUGUAUGUGUAACCACAAUUUUUGACAAUUGACAUUCCGUAUUGAUGUUUGUGACGUCACUUACGUCACCUCAACAUGAUUUGAUUUGUCUAAAUAACAAUUAAAAGCACAAUAAAUAACUGAAAAUUUAAACAUUACUGAGUGAUGGUUAAACCAAAACUGUGAAAAUCGGACAAGCCAAAUUAUGAAGCGACAAAUUAAAUACACUUGAAGAAAUUCCAUUGAGCCAUUAUCACAGAGAAGUCUACAAUGGCAGAAAUUCACAAAAUGACUUUUAUAUGCGACGAAAUGUCGACGGCUAUGUUCAGGAAGUUGUACGAACAGAAAAAGACGAGCCGCUUUUGUGAUCUGACACUUUACGUCAAUAAUAAAAUAGUAAGGGCCCACCGGAAUGUGCUGGCCUGUAGCUCUCCGUAUUUUAACUCAAUUUUAAAGCACCACACCAUAAUCAGAGAGCAGCUAAAUAUUACAUGUUUAGAUAGCGAAAUAUUUAACACAAUUAUUAAUUAUAUGUACACUGGGCAUAUUACGAUAGAACUUUCAAAUGUAGAAGAAUUAUUGAGGCUGGCUGACCAUUUCAUUUUAACAAAAAUUAUAGAAUAUUGCAUAGAGUUUUUAGGUGCAAAUUUAAAUGUGUCCAACUGCCUGUUUACCUACUACUUAUCGCAACGAUUUAAGUUGAAGCAUUUGUGCAAUAUCGUCGAGGGAUGGAUUAUAAAUCACCUGAACGAGAUAUGUGAUGGAAAAGAAAUUUUAAAUUUAAGCGUGAUAGAACUGCAAGACUUCCUGAAAAGUCGGGUGUUUAAUAUAUCGUCGUUCAAAGCUGUUAAUAUCAUUUCCGAGUGGAUCUUACGAAACACCAGAAUUAAGGAGAAAGAUUGUAUAAAGUUAUUAAACUGUGUUCAAUGGGCCAAUUUCGAACCAACCGAUAUAUUUAGGUAUCUCGAGUCGUUUACGAUAUUUUCCAAAAGCGAACUGUGCUUCUAUUACUUUCUAAGUUCGUUGUUUCAAAAUAGUCUACUAUUACCUAGCUUUCGAAAUAAGUACGACGAGUUGCACGUGAAAUACGGAUCGUCUCUGUUGAAUGACGAGAAGGGUAAUGACAGUGAGAAGUUGUCGGAUAAUAAAAUUGUAGUGACCGAGCCGAGCAAGUCUCUAAGAAACAACAGCAAGGCCGUGCUUGUAAAACCGAAAUUAAGAAAUCAAAAGCAACGACUUCUGAAACGAUUGCUUUUUUGUAGCUUGAAGCCCAGCCUGAGAGUGUUCUUGUUUAAACAUCAUAAGAUGCUUUUUGGUAACUGUGAUAAAAAUAGUGUAGAAGGUGGAGGCGACUCCUAUAUGUUUAAGUAUACUCAUUUGAUCAGUUUAGAUAACGAAUCGGAGAAGAAGACGUCUGUGAAAUGCCCCAUUUGUUUUACCAGUAUCAAUGAUCCUUUGCUAUUGGAACAACACCUCGCGUUGAGCCAUGCCAAGGAUGUUACGUAUAAAUGUGGCAUUUGUAUCUUCGUAUGUCAGUAUCAUGGCGAUUACUUGAACCAUAUGAAGAAUCAUUUCUCCGGCCCUCCAUACAAAUGUGAUUAUUGUGAUUUAACUACGGAUCAGAUAUCCAAGUUAAUAGCACAUCGUUCCAAGCAUCUAGACGAGUCUGUAUAUCAAUGUUCCUUUUGUUCCUUCAAGUGUAGAUUAAAACAGAAUUUUGUAUCUCACCUAAAAAUUCAUACCCCCGAGAAGCAAUUCAAAUGCGACAGCUGCACCAAAACGUUUAGGUAUAAGCACAAUUUAGAGAGUCACAAAGCGACUCAUGCAACUGAUAAAAAUUUAACAUGCGAGUCGUGCGGUUUUCAUACAAAGUUUCUUAGCCACAUGAUUGCUCACAAGAGGAUACAUGCAGCCGACAUCUAUAGAUGUUCAUAUCCUCACUGUAAAUAUUCAACAUCGAAAAAAAAUCAACUUCUAAGUCAUUCCAAGUCUCACAACGGGGUUAGGCCGCACUCCUGUGGGAUUUGCGGACGUGGUUUUAUGGAGAAGUCGCAUUUGGUCCGUCACGAGCGUAUACACUUGGAGGAAAAACCGUUUAAAUGUUCAAAUUGUGAUUACGCAAGCUCCAGGCGUGACAAACUCAAGGAGCAUUUCACCAGACAUCAUGGUGAAAACGCCUCCGCCAAAGUACCUUACAAAGCCCGCCCGAUGAGAAAUUGUGGCACGAAACCGAAACCCCAAACCACACAAGAAACUAGCGUUACGACAAACACCAAUUCCAUUACCUUUACACAAACCAACACGACCCCUUCGACGACUGCACCUCCUCAACCCAUUGGUACUGAGCUGCAAGACCUAAUUAUGCACCACCAAAAUCAUCCCACUUCCACAGCUAACAAUAUAUCGGGAAUUAAUACAAAUUACCACCACUUUGGAGAGUCGGGCGACUUUCAUAAUCACACGCACACGCAUAACAUACAACACCAAAUUUUAGCUUCCACCCACAACCAGAGGGCGGCACAACACCAAAACUCCACGGUCAACCACCACAUGCUCGCCAGAACCAAUCACACAAGCGCCACAUCGACCGCGGCCGCAGUGGCGGCUGCGAUGAUGUUAGACCCACGUUUCCAUCACAACUCAUCCGUUCCAUAUCAUCCCAGCACUACGCCGGCGUCAAUGGCCAUGGCCGCAGCCGUGCAGUCUUCUCAGCAACUGCAAAAUUCCGCCGGAACGCAACACACCGAAUAUCCGCCGACGUUACAAAAUUGUAUGACAUUAUUUUAAAAACGUUGAACGUUGUUUUUUUUGUCAAUAGUAUAUUUAACGUUGAUUCAUUUAGUUGUUCCUGUUUUAUUUCUUCUCGUUGGGUUUUUUUUUAUUACAAUGUGUUUAAUUUAUGAAAUGAUGGAGCUUUUGUUCGUUAGUUUUUUAGAGAGCGAUCAUUUUAUAAAUAAAGAUACUACCGUUUAUUCUA